AUGGACACCCUGGAUGCCGGCAGUAGGCCAAGCAUCGGCUUGCCAUCAAUCAACCACAUGGAUGCCGACAGACUAAAGCGCGAAGAGGUCGAGUAUCAGAGAAAACACUCUGGUGCCGCCGCUGCCAUGCCCAGCCCGAUGCACCCCUACGCGGGACCGCCGCAUCUGCAUAGCAAUCACCAAUCGUCGGUCGCCAGCGCAGUACCCGGCUCGCUUGGAGGCCUACUGUCUCCUCCCGAAUCACGCAGGACGUCUGGCGAUGAGAAUGAGUCGCAACGACCGACGGCCCGGCAAUCGUUGCCGUCAAUACAGGAGGCCCUAGGUUCAGAGCAGCCGCUGUCAUAUACAGCUACAGUGCCUCCGCCUUCAGCCAUAACUUCAGCUCCUCAGCACUAUCAUCCGCAAUCCGCUGCUGCUUCACCUGCUGAACCACGCCCAAGACCAUUUCCAUCCGACCUUCAGCACGCCACUCAAGGGCCCUCCAACCGGUUCACCUACCCGCGAAGCCCAUUCGUCGGUGCACUAGCAUCGCCAACAGUCUCCCGACAGCCACCUCAGGUCCAGUCAGAUUCGCUGCCCCGCCCGCCCUUCUCAGAACCACGGCCACCUUAUACCACUCCUCAACACAAUCCGAAGCUGCCCACUCUACAUCCAAUCAAGACCACGCAAUCCCCACCACUGAGCGCUGCUCGCCCCAACGCCCCUUAUUCGUCGUACCCACCACCGCCACCAUCAGCCAGCUACGAAAGCCCUGCUCCUCCCUCAGCGGGACCCAUGAACCACCGUUAUCCGUACACGCAGUACCCUCCCAGCUAUCCUUCAUCAGCUCCCUCAGCAAGUGCCCCUAACUCGGCUUAUCCUCCAACCAGCUCAACUUAUUCUGCCCCUCCUCGGUAUCCCCCACAAUCGUGGCAGGACAACUCAGAGAUGGCCCUUCUGGAAGAGAAGAAGAUUGGUCGCUCCAGUCUAGCCCCUUAUGGCGAAUCAGUCAAGCGACAUCUGGAGAGUUUUGACAUUGAAGCUUCUCUCAACGAGAUGGCUGAUGGAUCCGGACACAUUGCCGAGUUUUCAAAAAUCUACCGACAACGUGCGCAUGAGAACCAACGGAUUGGCUUGACACCACAGUCAAUGCCAAGGUUAGACGAGGUCGAUGACAUGAUCAAGCAGGGGGAGAGAAUCCAGAUAUCACUUCAACGGAUGCGAGAAGUCGUCUUUAAUCACCAUCAGGCGAGCAUUGUGGAGCCCCCUCAAGAUCCACGCUACCGCCCGAUGAACGGCUAUGACGACAACGCAAGCAACUACGGUGAUGAAACCAAGGGUAUGGGCGGCUUUGCUGGUGGCGACAAUAAGACUCGGAAGCGAGGCCGAGCUGCACCGCCGGGACGUUGCCAUAGUUGCAACAGAGCUGAGACCCCCGAGUGGCGAAGAGGGCCAGAUGGUGCUCGAACCUUGUGCAAUGCUUGCGGUCUACACUACGCCAAGUUGACUCGCAAGAUGGGUGGCAAGCAAGCUAUGACCAGCUCGAAUUUACGACCAAAAUCCGUCGAUCAUGGCUCACCUACCAUGUGA